AAAGACAGGCAGGCAGAGGGAAGGUGUAGUGUAGACGGAGCCGUGGCAAAGACUUAUCUCCCUCAGCUGACUGGGGCGCGUGCGGGGAGCCAAGACGAGACCCUCCCCUGCCCACAACACAAACAGGAGCUGCCAGGCACUGCUAAGGGCGAAUCCAACAAUGAAAAUGACAAGACAGUAGAAGUCAGUCAGUGUGACUCCAAGAAGUACAUACCUGUGUCCAUCAUGUGCUGUCUCCAUCCUGUGUGGCACCAUGUGUAGUGUGUCCAGCAAGCAGUGUUGACCAUGAGCAGUGUGCGGGUGGAUGUCCAGUGGUCACCAGCUGCCCCGGACCAGUUCCUCACCUGGGGCACUGACCUGCAGCUUUACCAAGUGCAGGAUGCUGUGCCCUCAGAGGCGAUCCAGCCACCACGAGUACGCUUAAGUUCUCACUCAGUAGCAUCCCUACUGGCCACCAACAAUGACAUACAGUACAUCAAGUGUGUGUCUUGGUGCCCUGCUGUGGAGAAUGACCCCACCCACCAGCUACUGGCAGUAGGUCAGGCCAAUGGCAAGGUGGCCAUCACCAACUUCAGCAAAUUAACUGAUCCACGUGGCAUUAAGGGCAAAGAAUUCAAUCCCAAACAUGCCCGUCCAGUCAACUCACUGGCAUGGUCAAGUCAGGAGCCACAGCUGUUGGCAGCCGGCCUGGACAAGGUGCGCACUGACCAUUCAGUCGUUGUGUGUGAUGUGACGCGCCCUGGUGUGGCUCCUUCGUACAGUUUCGAACAAAGGAACUCCAUCUCAGGAGAUGUGCUUAAACCAUGGAUGGAGUAUGGGAAUGCAGAGACAGCACACAGCGUGGCCUUCUCCCUACACACAGCCAGAACCCUGAUGGCUGGCAUGAACAACAAGCAGAUCAGGUUAUUUGAUCUCAGAGAGAACAAGAUGUGUGCCUCCACCAACACAAAGGCUGUGUAUGGGAUCUGCACCGACAUCCACAAUGAGCAUAGAUUUGCCUCCUUUUUUGAGAGUCAGGUGUCCAUAUGGGAUUUACGGAAUAUUGAACGGCCAGUAGUGAACCUUGACGCCAACAAACCUGUCACUAAACUUUCCUGGUGCCCCUCACGAGUUGGAUUGGUGGCCUCACUGUGUCGAGACAGUCCCUCGAUCCGGCUCCACGACAUCCUUCACUACACAGGAGGUGGAGAAGACCAAGAGCCUGCUGUCAUAACCCGCUCCAUCACACCUGAUGCUUCCACUUUCAUUUCUGCAUUUUCUUGGCACCCAACACAUGAAAACAGACUUCUCACUGCCUCAUACACAGGGAAGCUUGUAGACUACAGUGUGCAAGAGAGGAUCACUUUGAACUGGUCAGCCACAAGUGCCCUUGUCUGGACCCAUGGCAAGAAGACCCUCCAGCAGGUGGACUGUACACAUCCUGUGUAUGCACAUUAUGAUGAUGUUCUCACGGCUAUCAUGAUGCGUGCACAGAAGAAAUAUGGUCUUCAUGUGGACAAUUUGGCCAUGAAUGGAGAGGUGGCAGGUGACAUAUCCCUUCGCAAUUUGUGGACAUGGCUUGAUGCAGCCAAGGGUCUGGCCACUACUGGCAAUUUCAAGCUGCCAGGAGGAGUGCCAUAUAGGUACCAUGGAGUCUGGAGUCUCUUAACUGCUGGCAACCUGAAUUCUGAUGUCAUUAACCGUCCCUGGAUUGGACAAGAAGGUCAGAAGCAACAGUUUGCCAAAGUAUUCCGGAGUGAGGAACGUAGCCGUGCCCUGGAGCUGUGUUCAUGGGGGUUUGAGAAUGAAAGCCUUUUGGGAAGCUUCUUGGCCCAACUGGAGGCAGCAGGUAGUCAUACACGAGCUGCUGCAGCUGCAGUUUUCAAUCAGCGCAUUAAAGAAGCUGUGCAAAUCUUACAACGAGGUGCUGUUAGUAGGAAGUCACCAGAACUUAAUUCAACUGCAAUGGCUCUUGCUGGAUACACAGAGGAGAGGAAGGCGUUGUGGAGAGAGACCUGCAUCAGCCUGCGCUCCCAGCUGACUGAUCCAUAUCUGCGGGCCAUGUUUGCCUUUCUUACUGAUGAUGCAGAUUCCUUUGACCCUGUUCUGGGAGAAGCAGAGAUGGCAAUUCAGGAUCGUGUGGCCUUUGCUUGCACUUACUUGAGUGAUGUCCGUCUCAUGGACUUCCUGGAGAAGCUAAAUACAAGACUCACAGAGGAAGGGAACUUGGAUGGCAUCUUGCUGACAGGUCUGUGUUCAGAGGGGAUUGACCUGCUGCAGCGUUACGUUGAUCUGACAGGGGAUGUGCAGACUGUUGCUCUGGUUACUAUCCACACCCUGCAACAUGCCAUCGCCAAAGACUCCCGUUUGGCACACUGGGUGCAGAGCUAUAGGAACUUGUUAGACAGUCUAUGUCUCUGGAAUGAACGAGCACAGCUGGAUGUGAUCAUGAACGAGAACAAACAUGCUGAGAGACCACCCCAGCAUAUCUACAUUACCUGUAACUUUUGCAAAAAGGGCAUUACUCCAUACAUCCAGGCUGCUGGACGACCCAGGAAUCCUUAUGCCCGGUUUGGCACAGGCUCCUCCAACAAAUCAAAGAUGCAGGCAUGUCCCAAUUGUCGCAAGCCACUUCCUCGGUGCUCACUGUGUCUGGUGCACAUGGGGACCCCAUCAGGAUGGGACAGCUCCACCCAGAAGACCUCAGUACAGGAAGAUACUGGGGAAGGACCAGCCUCUGCAUCUACCAGCAGGAGGAAGCUAAGCCAUUUCUCAUCAUGGUUCACUUGGUGCCAGACUUGCCGUCAUGGAGGACAUGCCCAUCACCUCAUGGAGUGGUUCAAGGAACACAGUGAGUGCCCAGUCACAACAUGCACAUGUAAGUGUAUGAGUCUAGACACUGUGAGUAAAGUGGCCUCGUCAUCAAUCACUGUGUCUAAAUGAGGUUAUGGAAAUUUCUAUGUGUAUUAUAACUAAUUUAACGUGAGGAUGAUAAGAGAGUAUAAUAGAAUAUGGCUGCUGCACAUGUGAUGUUAUAAAUAAAGUAAUUUUGUAUUUUUUCCAAAUGAUAUCCUUUUUAAGCUUGCUCAAAAUGAGUUCUAUUUCCCAUACAUCAUUCACCUCUUUGCAUCAAACAUCUAUUGUUAAUAAAGAUAAACCUUCA